CUUUAUUUACCAUUUACAUAACCUGACCAAAACACCCCACACUGAUCGUAAAACUUUCUGUAGUCACAACUACAGAAAGUUUUCUUUAUACAAAUAUUUUUCCUAUUGGGCCGUAAAAAUGAAUUUUUCAUCAUUUUAUAACUUAGCACCGCUAAAGAGAUGCCUCGUCUUAAGUUUCGAGUUAAAUUUCCCGAGAAAUAACUACGCUAAAGCCAACGCUAGCAGUGUUAGUAUGUUGGGUAUGAAAAAGAAGAAAGUUGGUAAGUCAGGGCCUAUAGCAGAGAAGAAAGUCCUACCAGUGGAAACUGAUCCAGAAAAACUAGUAAAUUAUUGUUGUGGGGCCAAUAUAUUUAAAACAGGAGAGGAAAUCAAGUUAGCCCCCCAUAGUGAGUACCCAAGUUGGUUGUGGGAGAUCAGAACAGGUCCUCCACCUCCCUUGGAAGAAAUGGAUCCUAACUCAAAAGCUUAUUGGAGAAGGAUAAGAAAAAUGGGGAUUAAAAAACAUAAUGAAUUACUUAAGCUCAAAAAGUUUUAGUCAAAUUCUCUUGGUAUAUUUAGAUUUGUUAUAUUUUUUAAAUAAAUGUGUGUUGUUUUCCAAUAUGA